AUGGGCGGAAGCAGUCGUCACGAAAAGGACCGCGACUAUUCAGAGGGUGGUUCUUCUCGAAGAUCCCGCCAAGACGAAACUGGCAAUGUAUCAAGUAGUGCAUCCAAUGAGGUGGGAAGAGAGUUUGCAAAUCGUUACGGGGGGUUAUUUUCAGAAAAAGACUGGAAGUGUCCAAUUUGUUCCAAUAUAAAUUGGGCUAGAAGAGCAGAAUGUAAUCAAUGCAAGACACCCAAACCAGGUUUAGAAACCACUAUGGGAUCAAGGGAAGGCCGUGGAGGAGGAUUUAUGGAGCGCGAUGAAGUAAUAGAAUAUAGAAGAUCGAGAGAUGCAGAAAAAGACGAAGAAUGGGACGAAUUUGGGAGAAAGAGGAAAAAGAAUAAAGAUUGCGGAGUUGGUAAUAAUGGGAGCGGCAGGAAACGAGAUUUGAGCCAAGAUGGAGAGAACAGCAUAAAUAAACAAGAAACAAAUGGAAAAAAAGACAAUCAAAAUAAGUCAAAUGAUGAUAGAGAACAGUCUAAAAAGCCAAGAUUAAAUGAACAGUAUCGUCGACGUUCUUCGCGGUCACGAUCACCAUACCAUCGCGAUCGUUCGCUGUCGCGGUAUAAGCGAUCACGUCGAAGUAGCAGAUCUAUUUCUCGCGAUCGCAUGAGAAGUCGGUCCAAAUCAAGAGAUCGAAAGAAAUCAGAAAUUGAUAGUCGCUAUUAUAGGUUAAGGUCUAGAUCACGAGAGCGAGAUUUGGAUAAGGAAAGGAACAGAAGAAAAUCACAUCGACUACGCCAAAGUCCGGUGAUUUUUGACCAAUCAGAUGCUCAACACACUAAAUUCGGAAAUUCUUCAUUGUCUAAACAAAUUUGUUGCACUACCCAAAAGUCCGAAAAGACCUAUUAUUUCGAUCUUCUUCCGUUUCCAACAAUGAGUCAGAAUCCUGAAAAUACUUCAGAUUGUAAUCCUAAUCAAGUUCCUGAAGAUGUUAAACCUUACAGAGACUACCAAUCUAGUCUUCCUCACACUGACUCUCAAAUAUCCCAAGCAUCGACAAUUACUGAGGACGAUAGCAGGAAAAGACGCGAUGAAGAAGAGGAGGAUAGCGACGAAAAUAAUAGAAAGUAUACUAAAAGAGAGAGUAACAACAAUCUUAGAGGAUAUCAUAACGAUGAAAAUCAUUAUGAUAAUAAUCUCGAAAAUCAGAGGUUAUUAUUAAAUGGAGAAAAACAAAUGUUUGAUUAUAAUAAUAAUGGAAUGUUUAAUCACGAUAACCAUGAAUCUGUGGAGGAUGUUGAAAUGAUAAAUAAUGGGUCAUUGCGAUAUGAAUCAGAUAGUGAAAGUGGUCGAAUUAAAAGGAAAAAACUAGAUGAAAUCUUAGGGCGUGAAGACGGUGAGACCUACAUGGACGAUGAAACAAUGACUGAUAAUGAUCAAGAACUAGAACAAGAGAAUGCUUUCGCUCCGAUACCGGAGGGUCUAUGUGUUGAGUGUCGAGAUCAGGAUGCUUCAUUUUUUUGUGAGCAAUGUAGUGAAGAUUUUUGUGAAGUAUGUUUUGCUAUGAUUCAUCGCACAGGAAAUCGGCAGAAGCAUACAAAAAAAAAUUUAAAAAAUGAACAAAGCAGUAACGAUGCACUAGAAAAUGGCACCCAGAGUGUUGAAUCGGUUUCGCAGAAAACUUCAAACGGUUAUACGAGCCAUGAA